AAUCAAAUUUUGACCAAUCACAUUUCAGGAUUCAGUCAGUCCGUAAAGAAGAUUUCCGCCAUUGCUCAGAAAAAGUCAUGCCGGUCUGAUUGGCACUUUAUAUUUACGUAUAGCUCCAUCAGUUCUUCUUUUAUCUCUCAAUUGUAAUAUUAUUUGAUACAAGUAUAUAUUUCUCUUUCAAAUGACAUAUACAAUGACGACUGAAAUAAAAAAGGAAACGAGUACAGACGUCGAAAUGAAAGAUGAAAAAAUUGAAGAACCAAAACCCAAAAAAGAUGCAGAUUUGCUCACCCUAGAAGAUAUAAAAGAACAUGUGAAACACAUCGAGAAGGCUGUGUCAACUAAAGAGCCCAGAUUUAUGUCUCGUGCAAUACGAGCAUUGGCAUCUAUACGCAGACGUCUCAACCAGAAGAUUCUCAGGAAAAUUAUCAUUAGUGGAUUCCCUGCAUCAUCUGGUCAAAAGGAUACGCUUCUUACAUAUCUUGAUGAGGUUAUGGAAACUGAUGAAAAUGGCCAUCCAUUUCGUUUGAGAACAGGCAAAAAUCCAGUCCUUCUACCAGAGAUAGAGAGCUACCUACAUUUACUGCUUGUCAUGUACCUGAUAGAUCAAAAGAAAUUCAAAGAGGCUGUCAAGUGUUCGGAUAAUCUCAUAGAAAAGGUGACAUCUCUAAACAGAAGGACUAUAGACAUGCUUGCCGCUAAGUGCUAUUUCUACCAUGCCAGGGUUUAUGAGUUAACAGAUCAACUAGAUAAAGUCAGAAGUUUUCUCCACCAAAGACUGCGCACAUCUACUCUCCGAUCUGACUAUGAGGGACAGGCCACACUACAAAACCUCCUGCUUAGAAACUACUUGGUGUACAACCUCUACGAUCAAGCAGACAAACUAGUAUCAAAGUCUACUUUUCCAGAAAAUGCAUCAAAUAAUGAAUGGGCUAGAUUCUUGUAUUAUUUAGGGAGAAUCAAAGCCAUGCAGUUGGAAUACUCUGAAGCACAUAAAAAUCUCCUCCAAGCAAUAAGAAAGGCUCCUCAACAUACUGCAGUAGGAUUCAAACAAACAGUCCAAAAAUUAGCCAUUACAGUAGAACUUUUACUCGGAGAUAUUCCAGACAGAUCUAUAUUUCGACAGACAUCCAUGAGGAAAACUUUAGCUCCAUAUUUUCAACUAACACAAGCCGUGAGGAAAGGUAGUUUAUCAGACUUCAGUAAAGUACUAGAAAAUUAUGGUGAGAAAUUUGCCCAAGAGGACACCUAUACAUUAAUCAUCAGACUACGACACAAUGUCAUCAAGACGGGUGUAAGGAUGAUCAACUUGUCGUAUUCUCGAAUAUCUCUGAGUGACAUUGCACAGAAGUUGAUGCUUGACAGUCCAGAGGAUGCCGAAUUUAUUGUAGCUAAGGCCAUUAGAGAUGGUGUAAUAGAGGCUGUGAUCAACCAUGAAGAGGGCUAUGUGCAGUCCAAAGAGAACAUUGAUAUAUACAGCACAAGGGAACCUAUGUCAGCCUUACAUCAGAGAAUCAGAUUCUGCCUUGACAUUCACAAUCAAUCUGUAAAGGCAAUGAGGUUCCCUCCCAAAUCCUAUAACAAAGAUCUGGAAUCAGCAGAGGAUCGUCGUGAGAGAGAGCAACAGGAAUUAGAAAGUGCAAAGGAAAUUGCUGAUGAGGAUUUUGAUGGAUUCAAUUAGCUAUCACAAGGAAGGACUAGUAAAUUCAAUUAAAGUAUCAAUUGUGAACAGAGUAUCCUCAAUUUGUCAUGUUUUGGGGAAUUUGAGCGUUAUAUUACGAGCUGCAGUUUGCCAGUUUGUAUUAAAAAGGAUACUUGUUCAUGUUCUUGAAAACUGCCUGGGAAAUCCAGUGUAACGAUGUUAUUUGAUUCUGUGCAUUAAGAAAGCUGGUAGUAGAGUUGCAAAUACAUGACCAUUUGACCAAGACCAACCGUGAUUUUUCAUUUUUUUAUUUAAAAAAGUUAACAGAUAAGAUAAGCAAAGUGAACAUUAAUUCCAUAUCCCAGUGUAUGUUACAUUCUAUUAAUAAUAAAAUGAAUAAAAGAAAAGAUUCCUAUCACAGAACAAAUAGUUCCAAAUUCAAAAUUUUAGAAAACAAGCCAGUUGCAUUAGAAUAUAGUAAAUAUCAAUUUACUUGUAUCCUGUAAUAUCAGUACUAUGGGUAUGUACGGUGUUACACUCGAUAAAAGUGGUUUUGUGUUGUGUUUUCUAUGGUGACCAAGCUGCCAAGAAACAAGGAAAUAAUCUAUAUGAACAGUCAUGUUACUUCCUUCUUGAUGACGAUUCAUCACAUUUUAGCUGAUAAUCUCAUGGCUUAAACCUAAAUAUCUCAUUGGUUUGUCAAGUCCAAUGAUCCAUGAUCCAAGCUUACCCCCUUAAUGUUUUGUAAAGUCUGGAAUAAUUUUGAAGGUCAAUGUAAUAGCAUGAAAUGUUCAUUGUUAUAUAAAUAUAUUUAAAAAAUGAUAAGAUAAUCAGUCAUUUACUUGCUGGAGUUGCAAACAGAAAUAGAACAUGUUGCAAUAAUUUGGCAAAAAUCCAUUUGUAAGAAAAACUUAUGUCAACAAUUUCUCCCAUGUUAUUGAUGAUGUCAUAUUAAACAAAAUACACGGAGUGUCAGUUUCCCAUAUAUGGAGUGAUGACAUCAUCAAAAGUUGCGGUCACGUGUUAGUUGUGAAAAGUGCAUAUAUUUUCUUUGCCAAAUUGAACCAGCAUUCUUGCAAUGGUUUGCAAUUAUUACACAAAAUGAAAAAAUGCACAAUUGAUGUAUGUGUUAUAACUACAUUACAUAUUGUAGAACAUGUACAAUAAAUACAUGCAUUAUAGUAUGCAUAAUGUACUUUAAAACAUGUAGUAUUCAUACAUUAAAUUCUAUUUUAAAAUGUGUACGAAAACAUGUAAAACGUGCAUGUAUACUGUAAAACAGUUGAUUGAUAAAAGGUUUCAUGAUAUUUUGAAUGUAAGUUUCCAAAAACAAACAGUAUAUAGAAAUGUAAAUAAACAAAACAUAAACAAAAUAAACAUAAUUGUAAAGAAA